AUGUCCUCUGCCCCGGCUUCUGCAGGGAGGACAGAAGCUUCCAGAGAAGCUGAGCCGGGCAGGAGGCAUCCAGCCGAGCCCACCCGGCUGCGGCGCAGGGCCGGGGGGAGGGGUGUUUGCAAGAGCAGACCCUUGGACUUGGUGUUUAUCAUCGACAGUUCUCGCAGUGUAAGGCCCAUGGAAUUCACCAAAGUGAAAACCUUUGUCUCCCGGAUAAUUGACACUCUGGACAUUGGAGCAGCCAACACACGGGUGGCCGUGGUGAACUAUGCUAGCACUGUGAAGAUCGAGUUCUACCUCCAGACCCACUCUGAUAAGCAAUCCCUGAAACAGGCUGUGGCACGAAUCACACCCUUGUCAACAGGCACCAUGUCAGGGCUGGCCAUCCAGACAGCAAUGGAUGAAGCCUUCACAGUGGAGGCAGGUGCUCGGGGGCCCUCCUCCAACAUCCCCAAGGUGGCCAUCAUUGUGACAGAUGGGAGGCCCCAGGACCAGGUGGACGAGGUGGCAGCUCGGGCCCGGGCAUCUGGUAUUGAGCUCUAUGCUGUGGGUGUGGACCGGGCAGACAUGGAAUCCCUCAAGGUGAUUGCCAGUGAACCCCUAGAUGAGCACGUUUUCUAUGUGGAGACCUACGGGGUCAUCGAGAAGCUUUCCUCUAGAUUCCAGGAAACCUUUUGUGCUGUGGACCCCUGCAUGCUUGGCACACACCAGUGCCAGCACGUGUGCAUCAGUGACGGGGAAGGCAAGCACCACUGUGAGUGCAGCCAAGGAUACAUGCUGAAUGCCGACAAGAAGACGUGCUCAGCUACCGAUAAGUGUGCUCUUAACACGCACGGGUGCGCACACGUCUGCGUGAAUGACAGAGCUGGCUCCUAUCACUGUGAGUGCUACGAAGGUUAUACCUUGAACGCAGACAAGAAAACCUGUUCAGCUCAAGAUAAAUGUGCUUUUGGUGCACAUGGGUGCCAGCACAUCUGUGUGAAUGACGGAGCUGGCUCCCAUCACUGUGAAUGCUUUGAGGGCUACACCCUGAAUGCGGAUAAGAAAACAUGUUCAGCACACGAUAAGUGUGCUCUGGGCACUCACGGUUGCCAGCACAUCUGCGUGAGCGACGGGCCGGCGUCCUACCACUGCGACUGCUUUCCUGGCUAUAAUUUGAAUGAAGACAAGAGGACGUGUUCAGCGGUUGAAGAAGCAAGAAGACUGAUUUCCACUGAAGAUGUCUGUGGCUGUGAAGCCACACUAGCAUUCCAGGAGAAAGUCAGCUCAUACCUCCAGAGACUGAACACCAAGCUUGAUGGCAUUUUGGAGAAGUUGCAAGUAAAAGAAUAUGGACAAAUACAUCAUUAGAUUGCUCAAAGUUUUCACCUGGAAAUGUGGAGCACUUGUCGUAUUUAAUAUGCAUUCAUUCUUCUGCACCCUCGUAGCUCCAAAAUUCCUGCUAAUAGUUUGCCAUUAUAAAUGCUUGAGUAUUAAUGGAUAAGUAGUAUGAAAACCUGGAGAAUCGGUGCCAUUUUCCCAAGGAAAUAAACGUGCAGGUUCUUAUUAAGAGCAAAUGUUAGUAUCUCUAAGCUGUGACUGUGAAAGAGUUUGUAAAAAAAAAAAAAGAAAAGCUUAAUGUUUCUUUCUUUAUUGACUGAUUGAGCCAUUUAAAUUUUAAGUGUUUAUACUAGUAAGAAAACUAUACUCACAACGAAAACUUUAGAUUUAUUUUUUUCUUGAUGGUAUCUGUAAUACAAGUCAGACUUACUACUGAAAGUACAAUUUGUACAAAGUAUUUACACUUAAAAAAUUAAUGUAACUAAAUUGAGAUGAAUAUAAUUCAGAACUGUUUCUUUUAGUGACUUUUGUUCUUUUGCUAAUUUUUGCUGGAGUAUUAUUGAAAAGAUGAUUAAAGAUUAUAUUAUACAUAUUUAAAAAUAGUUGACAGAGAUCAAAUGAACAUUAUAUACCAUUUUAAAUUCAUUCUAGUUUUAGAAAGAAAUGCACAAAAAGUAUUAGUUGUGAAUUAAGGACACUAAACUUUUUACCAAGAACAAAAAUUCUAAAUUCACUUUAGGAUCCAACCAGUAAAAUGAACAUAUCUAUAAAACUGCCAUAACACAAUUUAAUGUCUUUUUUAGUGUGAUAGACCUAACUUUUUUCACUUAUAUAUUUGA